AUGAUCCCUUCGUAUUCUGCGUCCAUGGCCGGCCACCCACCCCGCGAGAAGCUGCUGCUGCUGCUGCUGCCUGCGCGGCGAUCCGUUCCCAGUCCCUUCCCUGGUGCAACGAACAGGCAGCAUCUCGCACGGCAGGCUCGGCGUGGUCGUGAGUUUGCGUACGUAGCACAGACAAGGAAGGCCCUGAUGAAUGGCAACAAGCCUGGGCCCCAGCUCGUCCAGUCGAUCCGUGCCAGCAUGGCUCGCGGGUCGGUGGUGGAAAGCUGUCUGCCGAAGCCAGGGAACAGGGGUGCAGUGCAGCAGGCGCCUUGGGGACCAGCAGAUACGCCGGGCCCCCUUCUUGAAGCGCUGCCUUCGUCGUGCAGGAAGUGGGCUGCAAGCCACCAGACAGACACAGACGCGCUCUCUCUCUCAUCAUGGGGGCGUCUUGUUUGUCGUCUCCAGAGAGCUGCUCGUUGCUGUCUGCCUCGGUCCCCCCCCCCUGGCGCUGGCUUUCCCCCCCCGGCCCUGAAGUCCAACACCGACCUGACCUGA